UUUCGUCACACUACGUAUGACUUUACAACUGACCAACCAGCGUGUGUUUUCUUCGUUUCUGGGCCGUCCCACCCAUUCACGGAAGUACAUCCCAGCUGACAGACAUGGCAACUGCGUUGAGACAGUCUGCAAAGUUAGCCUUUUCUGGUUUUUGUUCAUCGUUUUCUCUGCACUGCAGAAAUGGGAGGGCUUGUGCAUUGCCGUAUGUCUACAACCGGAGACAUAAUUCAACCUCAUCUAAAAUCAAAGUGGACCUGGACAGCACAUCAGGCAUUGCAGUGAUGACUUUCCAGAGCCCGCCUGUGAACAGCCUCAGCCUGGACUUCCUCACAGAGUUCGCCAUUAGCAUGGAGAAGCUGGAGAUGGAUAAGAGUUGCAGAGGGGUGAUUCUUACCUCCUCCCUGCCAAAGAUCUUCUCAGCAGGACUGGACAUCUUGGAGAUGUAUGGGAGGGGCCCGGAACAUGCUGGAGAGUUUUGGAGAGCCGUGCAGGAGAUGUGGCUGAAACUCUACGGCUCUAACAUGGUGACUAUCGCAGCUAUAAACGGGUCCAGCCCGGCGGGGGGCUGUCUGAUGGCCAUGUCGACUGACUACAGGAUCAUGGCCGACAAUCCUCGCUAUUCCAUUGGCCUUAAUGAAACCCUGCUUGGUAUCGUCGCCCCCUUUUGGUUUAAGGACACCAUGGUGAAUACUGUGGGCCAUCGGGAGACCGAGAAAGCCCUGCAGCUGGGUCUCCUCUACAGUGCCCCUGAUGCCUUGAGAGUCGGCCUAGUGGACCAGUUAGUGCCUCAGGAGGGCGUCCUCUCUACUGCCACAGAGACCAUGACUAAAUGGCUUGCCAUUCCAGACCACGCCCGUUCAAUAUCUAAAUCCAUAAUGAGGAAGCCAACCAUAGACAAACUGACGUCAAACAGAGAGGCUGAUAUCAAGUAUUUUGUUAACUUCAUCACCAAAGAGUCCAUCCAGAAGUCGCUGGGAAUGUACCUGGCCAUGCUGAAGAAGAGAAAGGCCUGAAGACCCAAGAUCUCUGUGCCUACUAACCAACUUGCCUAAAAUAAAGCCAUCUGAUUGGUGAAUGUUUUCUCUAAUCCCAUUGGUUCUUAAAUCUAGGCCUGUCCAUUUGGUGCAACCUGUGUGAGUGUGUCAGGUUGGACUAAAGACUUCAGGACUAAAUUUGAGAAUCACCGUUCAUAGAUUGGUUAUGUGAGCUGAUAGUACCGGUUUGGUUUGUACGAUGUGUGAUGUCUUUUUGUGUUUUUUCCCCCUCAUAACAUUGGUUGUUCAUCAGUAAAAUUUCAGAUACAUGCUGA